AUGACAGAUAACAAGGACCAUGAUCUACCAACGUGGCUUGGUGAAGAGUUCAUCACAGAAGUCUUAAGAAAGUAUGAAAGUGAAUCUGAACUCCAAGUGCUGGAACUAAAAGUCUCACCAGCAUGUAGCAAAGGUGAUCACUAUGCCAGUGUGAUGUUCCGAGCGGAAGUGAAAUACAAAACUGGCAAUGGAAAAUUCUUUCAGUCUUUAAUUGUCAAAGCUAUGCCCGAACAAGAAGGUCACAUGAAAGACAUGUUAUCUGAAUCGCAUGUUUUUGAUACAGAAAUUGGAAUUUAUGACAAAGUGAUGCCAAUGUUUAAGAAAAUUCUUCAACAAGCGGGUGACAAUACGAAACUUAAUGCAAACUGCAUAUAUAGUAGCCUGGAGCCAAGAAAAGUGUUGAUCUUUGAAGACCUUUUGCCCUUGGGUUAUAAUUUGAUAAGUAAUCGUGAUUUUACGCAUGAAGAAAUACGUUGCGUAUACGCAAAGCUGGCCACAUGGCACGCAGCUAGCAUGAAGAUACUAAACGAGCAACCUGAAAUUUUAAAGGAAUUCAAACAUGGCUUAUUUGAUAUGCCAACAUUUAAUAUUAAUCUUACAAGUAACUUUUCUAUCUUCCGCGAACUAUUGGAUGAAGUGCCCGACUUGACCAAAUACAAAACAUACUUUGAAAAGAUACAAGAGACGUACGUUCAAGAUCUGGAAGCUGUCAUGAAAGAGUAUUCCAUUAAUCGACAACCUGAUGGCUUUUAUGUGCUCUCCCAUGGGGACCUUCAUUUUGGAAAUAUCAUGUAUAAGUACAAUAAGGAGAAUGGAGCAGUGGAUGAUUGUAUUCCAGUGGACUUUCAAUUAUGUACUGUGUCACCCAUAGUCAUAGAUCUUUUUUACUCGGUAUAUGCUAUAAUGGGACCGGAAGAUCGAUUGUAUAACUUGGAUAAACUGUUAAGUUUUUACUUUGACAGUCUGUUGGAGAAUUUGACAAAGAUUGGUUACAAAGGAAUUUUGCCAACAUUAGAUGGAUUUUGGCAGCAAAUUCAUAAACACAAAUAUUUUCAAUUCAUGUUGCUCACAACAUUCUUACCUACUGCAUGGGCCAUUAAAACAAAAGCAUUUGAGAUUGCGGAGCUGUUUGGGAAUGAAGACGUACGUCGCAAAUCUUAUCGUUUAGAUGGUGUUGUAAAUGAGUUAAAAGAAUUGUUGCCCAGAUUUGAAAAAUUGGGCUACUUUAAAAAUCUGUAAUAAAUAAAAUAUUAUGAUGUUCCGAAAUGAAGUGGAAUAUA